AUGGAGGAGGAAAGUAGGAAGGACCAUCGGGCUUUGCUCAACCCAGGAGGAGAGAAUGAACUGGAGGUAUUUGGUUACCAGACCCAGAAUCUACGCAGAGCUCUCUGCCUCAUAACAUCCGUGCUGACCUGUGGGGUCCUUCUCCUGUUAUUCUACUAGAAGCCGCAGUGGAGGGUAUGGGCCAACUGUAUCCCAUGCUCCUUGCAAGAAGCAGAAACUAUUUUGCUAAGGACAACGGAUGAAUUUCAAAGACAUAUGAGGAAGAAGGUAAUCUGCCUCUACUUAUCCACACUGAAGUUUCCUGUAAGCAAGAACCCAGAAGAACCCCUGCUGGCUGACUACCACUCUGUCAUAAACCAAGCCAUACUGAAGCCAGAAUUAAAAGUAAGAUGUAUCCAAGUGCAGAAAAUCAGGUAUGUUUGGAACCACUUGGAGAAGAGGUUUCAGAAAGUUGGGUUGCUGGAAGAUAACAGCACCUGCUACAACAUCCAUCAUACGUUUGGACUGGGUCUGACCGGUGGAGAACAAGAGGUCAGAAGAUUAGUGUGGGGGUCAAAUGCCAUUGAGGUUGAACUCCAACCCACGUGGAAGCUGCUUGUUAAACAGGUUUUAAAUCUAUGCUACGUGUUUCAAGCCUUUACCCUCACUUUGUGGCUGUCUCAGGGUUACAUCGAAUACUCAGUGGCCAUCAUAUCUGUUCUCUCCAUUGUCUUAAGUGUGUACGAUUUGCGACAGCCAUCAGUUAAGCUGCACAACCUCGUGAAGGAUCACAACGAAGUCCAGGUUACAAUUAUUGCAAAAAGGCAAAGUUUGCAGGAGCUAGAGUCCCGUCUCUUGGUUCCCGGAGAUAUUCUUAUUCUUCCAGGAAGACUUUCAUUGCCAUGCGAUGCUGCUCUGAUUGAUGGAAGCUGUGUGGUGCACGAAGGCAUGCUCACAGGUAGGCAGUUGUCACGAAGCUUCCUCUUCCCUUCCAACAGCCAGGCCAGCUCCCAGGGAGCAUUUCUAGGGGAAAGGAGGGCAGAGGAGGCCAGGGAACGUUGGCAAUGGGAGAAUGGAGCUUGGAAAGAGGGAGGCAGAAUGUCGAAGCCAGCGGGGCUGGAAUUUGAGGCAGUGUACCAGUUUCAUGUGGAGAGCAGGAGAACCGAGCAGGAAAACCAGCAAAAAGCCCUGUCCUAUGGACAGGAAGCCCUGGCAGUGGAUUGGGUCUCUCCAAAAGAUACUGCAACCACGGCCCUGCCCCUCCUCUCCAUGCUGUCCCUCCUGUGCUGCCAGCCGCCCUCCCUGACCACAGGCAUCGUGUAUGCACAAAGGAAGCUGAAGAAAAAGAAAAUCUUCUGGGUCUCCCCACAGAGAAUCAAUGUGUGCAGGCAAAUCAACCUCGUGUGCUUUGGCAAAACUGGCAUUCUUACAGAAGAUGGACUGGACCUCUGGGGGACUGUUCCUACUGCUGACAACUGUUUCCAGGAAGUCCACAGCUUUGCCUCGGGCAAGGCUCUGCCCUGGGGCCCACUGUGUGUGGCCAUGGCCAGCUGCCACUCUCUGAUCCUUCUCGACAGGACCAUCCAGGGAGAUCCACUGGACCUCAAAAUGUUUGAGGUCACAGCUUGAGUAACGGAAGAUUGCAAUGUAGACUACUGUAAAUUUGGGAUAUCAGUUUCCAACAUGGUAAUAAAACCAGGACCAAAAGCCAGUUGGAGUCCCUUGGAAGCCAUCGCCAUCUUUCGACAGUUUCCAUUUUCCUGCAGCCUGCAGAGGAUGCCUGUGGUCAUUCAGCGAGGGGAGGAUUAUUUUUGUGUCUAUAUGAAAGGUGCCCCGGAGAUGCUGGCUAGGUUCUGCAGAUCUGAAACAGUGACUUUCUUCCAAAUCCAGAGAGAGAAGGUGGAGUCAGAGUUAACAUUUCUGGGACUUCUCAUAAUGGAGAAUCACUUGAAAAAGGAAACAAAACCAGUCUUGAAGGAACUGAGCUAGGCCAUCAGGACUGCGAUGAUUACCGGUGACAACCUUCAAACAGCCAUUACUGUUGCAAAGAAUUCUGAAAUGAUUCCUUGAGGGAGCCACGUGAUCCUUGUUGAAGCCAAUGAACCCGAAGAGUUUGUCCUUGCCUCCGUGACCUGGAAGCUGGUAGAGAACCAAGAGACUGGGCCUGGAAAGAAUGAAACCUACAUUAACAUUGGAAACAGUUCAGUGCCUGAUGGAGAAAGAGGGAGCUGUUACCAUUUCGCAGUGAGUGGGAAAUCAUACCAAGUGAUACUGCAGCAUUUCAACAGCUUGCUUCCAAAAAUUCUGGUGAAUGGAACAAUUUUUGCAAGAAUGUUCCCUGGGCAGAAAUCUAGCCUCAUUGAAGAAUUUCAGAAAUUAAAUCAUUAUGUAGGCAUGUGUGGAGAUGGAGCUAAUGACUGUGGGGCUUUGAAAAUGGCUCAUGCAGGCAUUUUGCUGUCAGAACAGAAGGCAUCUGUGGCCUGCCCUUUCACCUUGAAAACACCCAACAUCGAGUGUGUGUCUCAUCUCAUCAAAGAAAGCCUCGCUGCUCUCGUCUCAUCCUUUGGGGAGAUCAUGUACGGCAUAAUCCACUUUAUGGGUACACCACUGCUCUACUGGCAACUACAGCUCUUCAGGAUUUACCAGUAUCUCAUGCCAGAUGUUGCUACUACCUUGAUGGUCUGUUUAACAAGCCAGUGUGGAAAUUUCACCACACCCCAGUCUCCUGUUUAG